GUCAUUUCCAUUGAAUAGAGAAAAAACAUUUGGUUUUGAAAACAAUUUGAGAUUUGAUUUGAAUUAAAGCCAAAUUGAGAUUCAAUUGAUUACUCUGUGAGCCAUCCAUACGAUUAGACAUUAGAGAUGUCUUCGGAGGACAACGAGACCGAGAAAAUGGAUUGUCAGCCACCGGUAGAGCCGGCGCUCGUCAACGAGUCGGCGCCUCAAGAGAUGGACAGCGAGAGUGUGGCCGUCGGCUCGUCGGUCAUGGCGUCCACUUCGGUCACCACAGCCGCCAUCUCUGUGUCAUUGCAUCCAUUGGUGAUAAUGAAUGUGUCGGAACACUGGACACGGAUCAGAGCGCAAGACAACAGCGUCUGCGAGGGGACGAGCGGUCAGGCGUUGUCCACAUCCCAAGUGAUCGGCGCUUUGAUUGGCAAACAAAACGGCAGAAACAUUGAAAUUAUGAACUCUUUUGAACUCAACUUUGAUCGCAUAGACAGCGAGACAGUCAUCGAUAGAGACUAUUAUAACACCAAAGAGUCUCAAUUCAAACAAGUGUUUCCCGAACUGGACUUCUUGGGCUGGUAUACCAAUGGAGACGCGCCCACCGAAUCCGACCUCAAGAUUCACAAACAGAUCAUCGAAAUCACUGAAAGUCCGCUCUUCUUGAAACUUAAUCCAACGACUCGACACACAGGACUUCCCAUUAAAUUGUAUGAAUCGGUGAUUGAUUUGGUGAACGGU